CAAUCCAAAACCUUUAAUUGCAAAGUGCAGAUCAAACUCCCAAUUUCACUAUUAUGCAUCCACAAAGCGCCGCCGUAGGGGGUAGAGCUCUUGAUUCUCUCCUCCACGCCCUCGACCCCAUAUCUCUCCUUCUCUCCCAGAACCCAGUUCCGGGAUCUGAACCUGACUACAUGGAGCGAGGGCCAAGAUACAAAGCGUACGCGGAGCUCAGAGAAUCCAAGCUAAGAAGGAAGUAUGAGCAAAUGAGCCACGAUGAUGAUCAGCAACUUGAACAAGAGCAAGAAUCAAAGCCGACUCCUGUUAAGAAGCAGGUCAAGUUUCAGGUUACUGUUCCGAGUAAUGUGCCCCGGAAAAAGGGUGCUGGUAAUUCCUCCUCUUCUUCUGUUGUUGCUCAAUCUGUGCCGGAUUUCUCAGCGGUGCUGAGGAAGGAGAAAGAGAACCGUAGGCCGGCGACGAGGCUUGAGAUGACUCCGCCGUGGUCGAAGGGUAACCACGGCGGGGUUUUGUCGAAUUCGAGAGGGAGUAAGUCGGCGAGUGCGGGGGAGAAGAACAGGGGCAAUAAUGGAGGAGGGUUGAUGGCAAGAAAGAGCUAUGCGAGUCUUGAAGAACUGAAGGGUUUGUCUUCCAUUGCUGCUAGUGCUAUUAAUUGUGGCGGCGGUGAAAACAGGGCAGGUGGGAGGGUCGGUCGAGCAACGGCCAAGAAUGUUUUGGGUUACAGACACUUCUGAUUUCUUUCUUUCUUUACUGAAUUGAGGUUUUGUUUGGAUUGAUUCAUUUAAAAAAAAAAAAAAAUCAUAGAUUGUAAAGCUAUGCAUACAUUUUUAACUACUAUAUGAGUUUGAUA